CGGCCGGCCCCCAUCGUCUUCAACUUCUAGUUCUGUCUUUAAGUCUGUUGCAGAUUUUUUUUUUAAAGAACCCAAGAAAUGGGUUUUGUUUAAUGGCGGAGAACGAGUCAUGGGUUUGACUCAGAGAUCAGAGAAACUUCCAAAAAAAAGAGCUUUCUUAACACAGAAAACAAGAGACUUUUCUCCCAACGAAAACGAGGGAAAAAAAACCCACAUCGAAUUUGUGUUUUUUUCUUCUUCUUCAUAGUUCUUCUACUUCGCGCCCACGACAAGGGGUUUUCUCUCUCUCUCUGUCCAUUUGUUUUAUUUCAACUUCUGGGUCUGCUUCAUUCUCUCUCUUGACCUCUCGAGAUUCCAUGAAAGAGCUUAUUUUCUGUUCUUUCUCCUCCUUCUAGAUCCGACAGGGUUCUUCAUCGUCUCCCUGCGGAUGUUUUGAUUUUAAAAAGAAAAACGUGGAGCCCAAGUAGCUUUUUUCCGUACAACAAUGGCGAAUGGAACGAACCCGAAAGUCCGUUUCGUGAAGUGUCCGAGGUGCUUGAGGGUUCUGCUCGAGGACGAAGACGUACCUGUGUACCAAUGCGGUGGCUGUUCCACCAUUCUUCAAGCGAAAAACCGGAACAUCAGUGCCAAUGGUACAUCGAGCUCAGCAGAAGCAGAAGGGACUAGCAGCACGAGCCCUGACAUGGCUGUUCCUUCAUCGGGAGAGUAUUCUGCGGGCAAAGAUCACGAGAAUGGCCAGAAUGGAACUGUGGAUACCAUAGAUGAGCAGCUCGGUGGAAUCAAAUUGUCUAAUGGAGGAGAGAUCUCCAGUUCGGAGGCUGACCAGGAUGAAGCUGAGGUUGUAGUUGCAGAACAAGGUUCCAACUCGGGAAGCUCAAGCAUUGAUCAUGUCACAGCUGCUGCAAGAGCUGAGUACUCUCCCGAGAUUCUUACGGCUUCUCCUGACGAAGAGGAGCACGAUCAAAGGAGUGAUUACCAUGUCCAUCCUUACGAAAGCGGAGAGUUUCUUGCAAAGAAAACCGUUUCCGCUUAUGAUGGAAGCGUGUCUUCAUCUGACGGAAGGGAAGAUCAACUCCAAGACGGCCAAAUGGGUUUGUCUGCAAGUGUAGAAGAUAGUGCAAGACUUUCUCUUGAAGGAAAAGCGAAAGGCAAAUCUAUAAUUCAAGAACAGUCUGAGGGCAAGGAGCGAGACAAAAGUUCUUCGGCCAUGUCACCUGAAGAGAAGCAUAACAGGACCAGCCACAAGAACUCAGGUCAGAACACUUUCCUGCCACUACAAGGGUGGUCAGGAGACCAUCUUGAUAGGCACAGGCAUAGACGAGGGACUCGGGAAUUCCCGUCUUACAUGCCUUACUAUCAGAAAGGGCCGUCCUUUUCGAGUGCAUACGAACAUGGUAGCCCUUCCUAUCACUCACGCCAUUACUUUGAUGUUCGUUCCCAGGCAUUCUCACUCCAAAUGCCUCCAUACAGUGGAAACAUGCAUUCUGGACCUGGUAUCGACAGAAUGUAUCAUGGCAUUAGUUAUGGCAUAAAUACAAAGGUGGGCCGGACAAGCAGGGCCUCGGGUAUACCGUUCUCAGGAGAGUCAGUGGUGAAUAGAAGACACCACGUGGGUCACCCGUCUUGGUAUUCAGAUCAGCUCCAUUUGUCUCAUGGCUCAUAUCCUGGAAGUCCUCAGAGACAUAUGGAAAAUGAGUACCGAACUGGAUGGAGUCGGGACGUAGUCUCUGAUGUGGAGGAUCAGCAAAGGCGUGGCCGCCUUGAGGUACAGAGGUAUCUGAGAGAAAGAAAACCCGUGGCCAAAUGUCAUAUCCGUCCCACAGCAGGUGGUGCUCCUUUUGCGAGCUGCUAUCAUUGCUCACAGACAUUACAACUGCCUGUAGACUUUCUCAUCUCCAAGAGGAAGUAUCAUCUUCUCAGAUGCGGAACUUGCUCGAAUGUCCUGAGAUUCUCCCUUCAGCAUGGAACACAUUUAGUUCCCGUCAUCUUUUACCCUCAGCCCGAGUCGUCUCACGUCAGUUCAGUAUCUGGAACUCCCAGAAACAAAGUUUCUAAACCGGAGAAGAGCUCCUCCACCGGUUAUGAGGAGCUGCCGGUGGCUAGAGGUUCUCCACUUCACCGGCUAAUGGGAUACUCCACUGUGAGCCAAGUCUUUAAAGCUUCCCAGCGGCCCCCUUCUCUAAGGGUAUCAGAGUAUGAUCAAACGCUGAAGAACUGAAUCUACAAAGACACUGCUACUGCAAAGAGGAAGUUUUGCCUUAGAUUCUCUCAUUCUUUCUCCCACAUUUGUAUAGGUGAAGGAUUUGUUUCUGCUGUUCAUGUCAAAAGUAGAACAAACGAUAGCAUUUUUGCCAUGUAAACAUAUUAAACACAAAAGGGCUCACAGAUACUGCUUCCAUGUCAAAGACAGGCAACAGAAGUUCUGCGACUUUCAGCAUCGUGCUUUCUGAGACAUAAGCACUAAAACCUAAUCUUCCACAUACAAGAAGUCGUCUUCUCCAGCAAUUCGAUCAAUUUCGCUCAUAUAUUCAUCUCACAGAAAAUCUAUGGGUCUGUUCGCCGUCGAAUGUGAAUCUAUCAACAAUCCCCAAAAUCGGAUUCCGCGAACUGAAACAAUGGUCGGGAAUAGAACAAAACCAAGUGGGAUCUAAGACCAUUACCUGGAU